AUGAUCCAUCAAAUGGCACCAUGGGUGCCCCAAUUCAUCCAGUCGCUUAAAAACCACUCGCAGACGUUCACGCCGUUUUAUUUCGCCACAGUGGACCCGUUGACCAACACGCCCAAGUGCAGAACCGUGAUUUUCCGGGAUUUCUUGUUUCACGACAAACGCAGCAACGUACUGACGUUCACGACGGACCUCCGUGGCGACAAAGUCAAGGAGAUCUUGGCUGCGAACGCGGAAACCGCGCCGUUCGAAGCCUGUUUCUACUUCCCCAGCACUUGGGAGCAGUAUCGUUUCAGUGGGAAGUGCUUCGUGGUGUCGCACACGCAGGCGCCACCGAUCUCCGACAAGUAUAACAUGGCGGAUCCGGGCUUCAUCAAGUACCCGAUCCUGUCGCCCAGCAUCUACGGCGGCGCCCAGGAGCUGUACAGGCACCAGGAGGAGAAGAACGCGGAUUGCGAAUCGGAUCACGAGACCGAGGGCUCGUGCGAAGCGAGCGAGUUCUGCCUUGACCCACGGCCUCCUGCUCUGUCACGUAGCUCGACGCGCAGCUCGGGCGGUGCGGUGCACACCGACCACGUCUUGGGACCGCAGGAUUACGCCCCGCCUCUGGACAAAGAGUGGGAAUUGGAACUACGUCGCCAAUGGACAAAUCUGUCACGUUCCACGAAAGCCCAGUUUCGCAAGCCGGAUCCUGGCACUCCAGUGACCUCUGCCACCAGCAAGCAGCUCGACAAGAUCCAGCGCGGCGUGGACGGUGCCAAGGAGGACACCGGGCUGGACAAUUUCGGCGUGGUGUGUCUUUGCAUCGAAGAAGUCGACUUUCUGAAUCUGAAAGACGGCCGCGGCGGCGAAAGGUGGAAGUUCCACCGCGACGUCCAGCCCGACACUGGCCUCGAGAGUUGGAUCGAAGCGGAGGUUUGUCCAUGA